GUGAUGUCCCUGCAAGAGUAUACCAGCGUGGCUGUAUCUAGACGCCCAGCCUUCCACCAGCUCAAUUUCCGCAACACUCCAACAGCCUCCAAGCGCAAGCCGUGAUGUUAAAUAAAGAUUCAAAGGGUUUCCAAUAUGGCUUUGGUAAAGCGUGCCAUGCCCUCGAGACUUUCCUAGACGAGACUUUCCUAGACGUGCCUAGUUGAGUUCACAUCAAUUCCCCUUCGUCUCAAGCUCGCCUUCUGCUAAAAAGGUGCGGAAAAAGGUGCGGAAAAGGUGCCAACUGCCAAAACCUUGCGACGAUGAAGAAACUCUUUAAAGAUGUCCAACACUUGGUCGCAACGCCAAAGCCAGAGGGUCCUUCCAAUCUCUAUCAAUUCCAGCCGCAAUAUGCCUCCCAACCUUCCUCGGGCCUUUCUCCCAUGAUCGCACCGUCCAGCCAACAUCAGACGCCUUUCUCGCCGGGACCUGUAUCUCCUCUUGUCUCUCCCGUUCAAUCGCCAGUGGUACCGCAAGGCUAUGGUCCACCUCAGUCGACUCCAAACGAUCAAUGUCAAGCACCCGGACAUGCGCCAGCAGCCUACCAAGGCCUUGGCGCAUCGCAGCCUCCAACGGCACAAUGGACGUCGCCAUUUCCACCUGGUCCUCAAAGCGUUCAUAACGUCUACUCCCACUCGCAGCCUUAUCCGCCAGCUCAGGACGGCCAACCUCUACACUCUCCGCCACCAGAUCCUCCAUACCAACCGUAUGCGCAACAGCAGGACCCCUACCUAACCGCAGCUCCUGCGUCAACUGCGACCUAUUCCUCUGCUCCAUCUCCUCCAGCUCCAACCAGUCAUGCAUCACCUUCUCCGAGUAUAGGUACCCCUCAAUACCAACCCACCCCUCCUCCGCAACAUGGCGCCUUUCCACCGCCAGGACCGCCCCCCAAAGACUCGACACCGGUCUCGCCUAUCACGACAACGCUCUCACACACCCCGUCCGUCCACGAAGCGUUCAAUCCGUUAUCACCACAACAACAUCAAUAUCAACAUCAUGGGCAGCAUAUGGGAGGGAACUAUGGUGGAGGACCCUCUCCGAGCGACGCUCAUUCCGCGCAAUAUCCUACGUAUAGCGCAAUGAGCCCGCCUUCGCUCCAGCAAACCGCCUCCGCACAUUCGGGGGUGCCAACCAUGUCGAGCUCCCAGCAAAUGCCUCCGCAGCAUCAGAGCAACAACACGUCAGGUUUCCUCGGCAAGCUACAGCAGAUACAGCAGCUGCCGGUACAAUCGCAUACGCCACUGGCGAUGCACAGUGGGAUGCCGCAAGCGCAUAUAGCGCCAUAUCAGCAGCCAACAGGUCAUCAGGAGACUCUGUAUCAAGGGACACCAACUGCGAGUUAUGCGAGUACCAGUGCCAACCCUUCGUCGCCUCUGAGCAAUCCUCAAUCUCCGCCACCUCGUUACGCCCAACAGCAACUCCCAGAUGUGCAGCAGUCGUCCGUAUUCACUCCAGGUAUUGCUGAGCUUCCUGCGGAACUCCCUGCCGAACAGUUCUCGCCUAAACAAAUCGUAAAGGAGCCAAUGAAGCCAGCCGCUUCCGAAUAUCAAGAUAACCCAGCCCCAGAAGUGGUGUUUGUGUCGGGACCGACUCAGACCUCGUCGGAUCGAAUGCACCACGAUCCGCAAACAAGUCAAACACCGGGCAGCAUCCCCGAAUUCGCACACCUGAACAUCGGAGGACAAGCACCCGUCAGUCAACAUUCCACCCAGCUCCAGUCUCCCGAAAAAAUGUCCCCAGACAGCGCCAUAUCCCUUGCCGCCCAGCUAAACGUUAGGAAACCCACCACUCAGACCCCAUCCACCUCUCAAACACCAACCCUCACCCCCCACACCCACCCCUUCCGCGGCCGCGCAACCAGCGUCAAUCUCGGCGCCCUCCCAUCCCACGGUUCCCACCAAUCUCAACAACCACAAUACCAAGCCUUCCAGCCCCAUCCCCCGCACGCGAACACCUUCCCGCAGCAACAGCAUCCUCCGCAUGCCCAGAAAUUCUUGCAAUCCAACCCGUCGGGCGUCCAUCGCAUGGCAUCGGCGCCCGGCCAACGACCCGCAAUCGUGCCUGCGGCAAAUCCGCACACCCAAGGUCCGCAGGGAUACCAGGCGUAUUCGCCGGCGGAGGGGUAUGACUAUGGGAAGGUGGCGCGGUAUGGGGUGUAGAUCAUUCGCUCCCACACAGGGUUUGAAUCUGGGGACGAUUCUCGGAUGGGACGCUAGGAUGGCGAUUAUGACGUUCACGAAAUGACGAUUGGGAGGAUGAUGGUGUGGUGGCUCGGAAGGGCGAGGACUUCACUGCCGACGAGACAGACGGAGCAAUCCAGACAGUAGGCUCAGGUGAAAGGGAGCGUGCUUGGGUAGGAGAAUUGCGUGCUUGAUUUCUUGAGCGGCAUAGGUACUCAGGACGAGCGUCUCGUAGACAUUUCAUACCCGUGGGCAUGGCGAGGGACUAUCCAUUCCCGCAUUCUAUAGGUUCCAAUGCUGGACCCUGCUCUUGGAAACUCCAGGGCAACGAUAUCUAUCAACUAUUUCCACUUGAAUAGAAAUAGGAUGUAAAUAGAAAGAAUCUCGUUACCAAUUCAAGCAUUGCACACA